CCACUUCCCUGCAUAAAUUUGGACAUAUCUACAAAAUUGGCAAUUCUGAAAAAGUCGAGUUAGAAUACUUCACAUUAUUGGCAAUACACAUGACGUCAUAACUUGUGUUAACCUGGGUUAUGUUAAACAAUGUCAAGAAAUUAAGGUUAUUAACAUCAUUGUGACAUUAUAAUUGUCAAAAUUUAAGAUGUAAACAAACCAAUUUUGUUAAAAAAGCUAAAACCUCCCAACGAGAAUGUUUCCGGAACUUCCUCCUCUUUAUUGGUACCUCGCAUUAGCCCGAAUUAUUUUAGUUUUAAUUCCACAAUUCGGUUACAUCCACCCUGAUGAAUUUUUUCAAACAAUUGAAGUGCAAGCUGGCAAAGCUUUCCACGUCGAAAACAACAUUCCAUGGGAAUUUAAUGCCACAUUCCCAGUCCGAAGCGUGACAAUCCCCUAUUUUACCAUAGGCAUGGUUUACAAGUUAGCCAACAUUGUAGAAUAUUUCCUAAAACAAUACUCAACACUGUCCAUAAUUACGCCCUAUUUAGUCGUAGUAGGUCCUCGGCUAUUAAUGUGCACUUUAUCAUUUCUAGUUGACACAAUACUAUACAAAAUUUGCAUCAACAACAAUGAAAAGUACAAAAACAGACUUGUUAUAUUAGCAAGUUCUUACGUAAUUAUAGUUUACGGCACUAGAACUUUUUCAAACACUUUCGAACUUGUACUAUUUGCACUUCUUCAAUACUACGUGUGUGAAAGUCUAGUUUUUUCAAAUACUCUAAUCAAAAAACGAGAAUACUUGAAUUACAGAUAUGAGACUAGUAGGACAGUUGUCGAAAAAGCAAAGUUUCAUAAACUAAAAUUAUUAUUAACGUCGGAUUCUUUGCGUAAUUGUUUGCAAAUUAGUGUUAUUACAGUUUUAGGGUUCUUCAACCGUCCCACUUUCCUCGCAUUUGCGAUGUUUCCGGUGUUUUUUUGGCUCUAUAGAGGCCUUGGUAACAAAUUGGUAGCCCCCAUGAAUUACCAUUUAAGGAUAUUAGCCCUGAUUGUGUGCUCAAUUCCGACGAUUUUCUUCAGUGUUAUAAUCGACUCGUUUUACUACGGGUAUAUAACCUGGGGAGAAGUUGGGGUUUUACACGUGACAAUCAAUAAUUUCGUUUUCACCCCUUUAAACUUCAUUUUAUACAAUAUAGACUCGAAUAAUUUAGCUAAACACGGGCUACAUCCACGAUUUUUACACCUACUUGUAAACAUGCCUUUACUUUUCAAUUUACUCGCAUUAUUCGCAUACUUGAAUUUUUGCCAAGCCGCAUACAAUUUUGUGAUUGGUCGACAUCAAUUGUUACCAACUGUGCGGAGUAUAAAAGGGCUUAUGAUGUUGUCAUAUUUGGGCCCUUUGGCAAUUCUAUCGAUAUUCCCCCACCAGGAACCACGAUUUUUGAUCCCGUUAAUACUCCCACUGGUUUAUUUAUGUAGCAAUAGUGUGUUUCCCGAAUGUGAUAACGUUUUAAUCAAAGCAACAACGAUGAAAAAAGCCACGAUUGGAGUGGCCAAAACAAAUACUUUCAUCAAGUUAUGGAUUAUUCUCAAUUUAGUUUUAGUUAUUUUUUUUGGCUUUUUACACCAAGGAGGAGUUUACCAAUCUGCUGAUUUUUUAUACAAAAAUAUGAAACGUGAUUCAAGAACUGAGUAUUAUGUUGUUACGAGUCAUAUUUAUUCGUUGCCGAAGAGUUUAGUUUUGCAAAAGUCGAGUGAUUUGUUGCAUUAUACUAAACAUACGAAAUAUACAGUGAGUAGGAGGUUUUUUCUCUAUGAGAAAGGAUCGUCCGACUUGGAUUUAGUCGUUAAAGAUCUGGAAAUCUUACAUAAAAAGCUGCAAGAUUAUAGAAAGAACUUCAAAAGUAAAAAAUACAAAUUGAUUUUAAUUAUUCCAAGUAGUUUGGAAGACCAUUUAACUUAUUCAAAUAGUCGACUCGAAUUUAAACUCGUUAAAACUUUUUAUCCACAUAUCAGUACUGAAGCGUUUCCGGAUUUAGCACAGGACUUGCUUUAUUUUUACUCGAAUUUCAGAGUGCAAAAUUUUUAUAGUUCUCUGACACAUUGUUUGAGCAAGUGUGUUUAUUCUUUUGGUCUUAGUUUAUACGAAAUUCAAUUGUGAAAAGCGUUGAUUCUGAUUUGAUUAAAAAAAUUGUCUAUUAGGAGUUUUAAUUAUUAUUUGUAUGCAUUUUAUUAUGUUCUGUCUAUUAAAAUAUAUGAUCUGAAUUGCAAA